AUGUUGCCAAACCUUGAGCGGAAGGAACUUAUCGGAAGCGGGAGUUUUGGGAACGUUUACAGAGCGGAAUUGGAUGGUAAACCAGUAGCAGUGAAAAUCCUUCAUGAACGCUACUUCAGAGAACCUCACAGCAACAACGAAUGUUUGAAGAAGUUCAAAGCGGAAUGCAAAAUUCUUCAAAAACUCCAGCAUAUGAACGUGGUUAAGUUAUUGGAUUUUAUCAUUUCACAUGCUUCACCGCCAAUGCUGAUAACUGAACUCUUGGAUUGUGACUUAAGAAAGUAUAUUCGUGAUUGUCAUCCCGGGAAGAUUCCAUUUUCAGAAACUGUCUCGAUUAUGUUAGACGUAGCGGAAGGUCUUGCGUAUCUUCAUAAGCAAAAUCCACCGAUAGUUCAUCGAGACGUGGCCAGCAAAAACAUACUUCUUACCAAGAAAAGGCAGGCAAAGAUUGCGGACGUCGGUCUUGCCAUAGUGCUUCCAAAAGACGAAAAAAAAUAUUGUUCUCCUGUACCCGGAACGCCAGUUUAUGCUGCACCAGAAACAUUUUACCCAGACUAUGAUCCAAGGUUUCCCAAGUCAAGGAAGGGCCCAUCGCGUGUAGAAUAUGACACCAAGAUUGACAUAUUUUCACUCGGAAUCACUUUGAUGGAAGUUAUAAAUGGAAAGCUACCUAAUCCUCAGCCAGGUGAUGGUCCUUUUACGAGCGGUACGUGUCAAAUUUUAUGAGCUGUAGAAAAGAAUGUGUGAAUGCAAUUUACAGUUUACCCAAGUGUGCAUGUAGAAGUAUCAUCGAAGUUGAAUUUUGAGAAUGCACCCUGAAUUGAUUUUUAAAUAUUUAGUGAUCACUCUCUCUUUAAGAAGAACUUUUCUUGUAAUAGACUUUGAAAAGUUUUUUGGGCUCAGCUGUCAUGUUCAAAAUAAUAUCAGCGUAUAUCUUGUUCUCAGGCUCCUAUCUAUCUUUAGUUAUUGGUGCUGUCACGGCAGGAGCAAGACAAAUAAAUACAUGUUUAUCAUCUGCAUUACUAAUUCCGUAUUUCCUCGAAUAAGCACCCUCCCUCGAAUAAGCACCCUCCCCCGAAUAAGCACCCUACGGCCUGGGUCUAGAAAUUAAUGUCAAAUAAGCACCCUCCCCCCCCCUCCUCGAAAAAGUGUCUCCCUCUAGCUCCUCCUUCAUUUUCUCAAAUUGGUUGGCAUGUAGAUAAAAACAGUUUCUAUAAGGAUUGAUAGCUCAAUCGGAGUGUGCCAAACAAUUCGUCGGUGCCAUACACAUGUACCACAUUUACAGUUCCAACUGCAUUAACAUCAUACUUCUUAGCUUAAUCCCUGUUGUCUUUUUAAGGAAAUGAAUGUUUCCCAAGUGUUUAAACAAAAAAGAAAUAUUGAAGUAUUGACUUUAACUGGAUAAUGCUGUAGUUUUUGUCUAAUGAUUUAACCAUCAAGUUACAAUUCUUUCAAAGUAAAACAUAAUAAGUGCCUACUAGAUUAAGCACCCUCUUUUGAAUGAGCACCCCCCAACCCCCCCUUCCUAUAGCAGAAUUUUAAAUACAUGUUUUGUAAGGAAAUGAAUGUUUCCCAAAUUUUUGAACAAAAAGAAAUAUUGACUUUACGCAGAUAAUGCUGUAGUUUUUGUUUAACAAUUUAGCCAAUAAAGUUACAGUUCUUUGAAAGUAAAACUUAAUAAGCACCCACCAGAUUAAGCACCUUCAUUUGAAUAAGCACCCCCCCAACCCCCCCAAUCCCCCCUUCCUUUAGCCAAAUUUUAAAUGAGUGUCUUGGCACUCAUUCAAGGAAGUACGGCAUCAGUGAAUUAUUGAGCUUCAAAUUUUUCCCUUACCCAACUAUACAAAACUUCAGUAGUGGUGUCACUGGUACCUUAUGCUUCUCUUGUCCAAUACAUUGUCAUUGAUUUACAAUUCGAUCUUCUUUAGCUCAAAACUUAAGCAAAUUAUACAUUCUCUUCUGUGUUUAAAGAUGGUGUACAGGUCCUAGAAAAGGAUCGUCGUAAAGGUGACAUCAAGAUGAUGGGUGAGCACAAGCUGAAGGAAAUUGUGUUUCUCUGUAUAGAGGAUUCCAGUGACAAAAGACCUAGUGCUGAGAAGCUCACUGAAAUGCUUCGACAAGAAUGUUCAAAAAUCGAGCAGAAGAAAAUUAUUGCAAACAGAGCUGUAGGAGAAAUCCCAGUUAUUGAAGUCACAGUUCUCGGGAUAGCACAUGUGGGAAAGACAUGUCUUAUUUCAAAAUUUGCUCACCACGUGUUCCCUGGUGCGGUAGUUGCCUCAAUUGGUCAUCAUUAUAAACAUGUUCCCAUCAAAAUCCAGAGUAGAGACUUUAAAAUGAGAGUUCAAGAUACUUCUGGAGAGGAAAGAUUUCAAGAUUCCCUCAUUCCAACACUAAUUCGGCGGUCUCAGGGAAUCCUCCUCGUAUAUGACGUGAACAACCCUCCUUCUCUCUGGGAAGGUGUUCCUGAAAUGUUGCAUUUUAUCAAUCAGGAAAGACCGGACAUUCCGAGUUUGCUUUUAGUGGGCAAUAAGGCAGAUUUGAUGGAAAGCGAGCAGAGUGAACUUGUUGUUUCUAAGGAGGGUGAACAUUUUGCUCAAAAUUAUGGAAUUCCCUUCAUUGAAACUAGUGCAAAAAGUGGAAAAAUGUUGAAAAAGUGUUUGAAAUGA